AUGAGCCUUCAAUGAGCUUCCCCUCCCUCAGUAUAAAUAGCCCAUCUUAUUGUCAGGCAAAUUUAAAACAUAGGGAUAAAGAACAUUUCCUCCCACUAGGAACUUGUUUUUCCAUCCUUGUGCAGUCCCAUUAAGGAGAGGAUUACGAUGCAUUGGUUCCUCAUUGUUCUUCUGUUCCUGAGUUCUGCAGUGUUCGGCGCUUCCGAAGGCACAGGCCAUGGGAACAAGAAGCUCCCAUCUGCUGUAGUAGUUGGGACUGUUUAUUGUGACACCUGCUUCCAGCAGGGAUUCUCCAAGGCCAGCCGCUUCCUUUCAGGUGCAUCAGUUGCGGUGGAAUGCAAAGCCGGGCCCUCUGGCCAGGUUUUCCGUCAAGAAGUGAAAACGAACAAGCAGGGAGAGUUCAGGGUCAAGUUGCCGUUCUCAGUCGCAAAACAUGUGAGGAAGAUCAAAAGCUGCUCGGUGGAGCUCAUCAGUAGCAAUGAGCCAUACUGUUCCGUGGCAUCAGCAGCAUCUUCUGAUUCGCUCCGACUGCAGUCUCGAAGGCAAGGGACCCACAUUUUCUCCGCUGGGUUCUUCACAUUUAAGCCAUUGAACCAGCCAAACAUGUGCAAUGAAAAGCCUAGUCUGGAAGAAGUCAAUUCCAAUAAAGCAGUGGUUCCUCCAAAUUUUGAUCCAACUUUCCCUCCUCCACUCCAAGACCCUCCAACGCCAUCCACAGGCUUCCUCCCUCCCCUACCUUUCCUUCCGAACCUUCCGCCUCUACCACAACUGCCCCCUCUGCCUUCCCUCCCAGGCCUUCCGAAUAUCCCACCGAAAACAGAAAAAACCACCAGAGAUGAUAACCUUAAUGCCAAGUUGAAGUCGGAUUCGUCAGUAGCUGACCAGAAGCUGACCUAUCCGGAAUUCUUCUUCCCGCCAAACCCUUUUAGGCCGCCUUCAGUAUUCCCACCCAACCCGCUCCAACCGCCAUCACUUCUCCCUCCUAGCCCACUUCAACCAGCACCUCUUCUACCCCCUAACCCACUCCAGCCUCCACCAGCGCCACUGAUUCCCCUGCCUCCGAUUCCGGGAUUGACUCCACCUCCCCCAACACCGGGCCUGCCAUUCCCUUUCCCUCAGCCCCCUUUCCCGCCAUCAACUUCCUUCCCCGGAGUGCCGCCGGCUUCUUCCUCCUCCUCCUCUUCUUCUUCUCCAGCUGAAACUUCCUCCCCUUGAUUCAGUAAUAUUAUGGGACAGUAACUAUAUGACCAUCCAUGUUAAUCUCCCCAGCAAGUUCAUGUUCAGAAAUUUGAGCGUUUUCAGGAGGCCGCUUUUCUGUAACUUUCAGGUAGAAUGGACAUUGUCAUGUUCUAGGAAUGUUUUUGGAGUUUUGUCAUUUGCGAUGGGACUCCUUGUUAAUAAUAUAUCGGUAGGAGGAUGAAUAAUUGUAGGGAAUAAAUCCAAAGUUUCCAUUCAUAUU